AUGACUGGACACGAGCUCGACCUCGAGCAAAACAGGGCCCGCAUGGCCGCCGGAGAGCUGUACUAUGCCUUUACUCCGGACCUUAAUGCUGACCGACGUCGGUGCUCGGCCGCUUGCGAGAGAUUCAACCGCGCCGGUGGUGAUGUCUCACGGAGAGCGCUCGCACUACUGGUGAAGGAGUACGUGUCUUACCCUAAAAUACCGACACGCUUAGUAGAAGAGCGAGACCCGGGAGCCCGUAUGGCUAACCAUAAUUGUGUCCUCAGCAUCCUGAAAGACGAUCGUGCCCUGCCCGACCCAGCCCCUACCCCCCACGAGGACGAGAAGAGCCUUGCUGAUGAACCUUGGAUCGACGGGCCUGUGAAGAUGGAUUAUGGGUACAACGUCAAGUUGGGGAAGAAUGUCUACAUCAACUUCAACAGCGUGUGGAUCGACACGUGUACCAUUGAGGUCGGUGACCGGACCCUCAUCGGCCCCAACUGUUCCUUCUACAGCGCUGCGCAUCCGUUGGACCCCGUCUUGCGGAACGGCACCGCAGGUCCCGAGUACGGAAAGCCCAUCAAAAUUGGCGCCGACUGUUGGUUCGGGGGCAGCUGCAUCGUGCUCCCCGGCGUCACCAUCGGUCAAGGCGUCACCAUUGGGGCCGGCAGCGUUGUGACCAAAGACGUUCCGGACUUCGUCGCCAUCGCCGGAAACCCGGCCCGUGUCAUCAAAGACGUCCCCCAUCCCUAG